AGAAUGUUUGCCAAAGCCCGUAUUCAAAAGGAAAAGGAACAACAAUCAGGUACUCCUCAAGCCACCCAAGGUGUAACAGGUAUUAUUGCCAGUGGUGGUGGUCGUAGCACUGGUUAUCAAAUUCGUGUUCAAAAAGAUCUUGAUGAACUUGAAAAGAAGUGGUCUGAUAAUUUAAAAAUUGACGAUGCUAACAAACUCAACAAGAUGACUCUUGUCCUUGUUCCUGAUGACGGAAUUUGGAAGGCUCACCCACACGAAUUUGAAAUUAACAUUCCAAACGAAUAUCCAAUCAAGCCUCCAAAGGUUAUUUGUAAAACAAAAGUAUGGCACCCAAAUAUUGAUCAAAAUGGUGCUGUUUGUUUGAAUAUUUUGAGAGCUGACUGGAAGCCAGUUUUGAACUUGAAUGCCAUCUUUACUGGUCUUCACUUCCUCUUCCUCGAACCAAAUCCCGAUGAUCCUCUCGAUGUUGAUGCUGCCAAGCACUACGUCGAUCAACCAGAAGACUUUAAACGUAAAGCAAAGAACUACAUGAAGGGAACCUAUUAUUAAUUGUUUAGCCGAGAGAAAAUCUAAGUCAUCAUCCCAUACAACAACAACAAACUUGUCAUAGUUGUAAUUCUACAAUUAUUUUCCACAAAAUGUAUAUUUGAUAAUCAAACAUCUAAUAAUUUUAAUAAUAUAAAUCCUUCUUGUAUUUUAAUGU